AGUCUCUAGAAACCCCAAAUCCCUAGCAUAUAAGAUGCUUCUCGCCUCCCCUUUUCCACUGUGACAGAUUAAUCGAGAGCGAAGAGAGGGAAACGAAUAGGGCCAAUCCUCACACUGCUAUCACAGUUCCUCGCGUUCCAUCCUCUGCGUAUCCAUCCGAUUCUCUUCAAGAGGUGAGAGAAAUGGACGAGGAUUUCGAGCUGCCUGACGCUGGGGAGGAGAUGAACGAGGACUUCGAGCUUCCAGAUGACAACCCCAUUUUGAAGGUUGGGGAGGAGAAAGAGAUCGGAAAGCAGGGCCUCAAGAAGAAGCUUGUCAAAGAUGGAGAGGGAUGGGAAAGACCAGAGAAUGGCGAUGAGGUCGAAGUGCACUACACCGGAACUCUCUUGGAUGGAACGCAGUUCGAUUCAAGCCGCGAUCGGGGCAUCCCAUUCAAGUUCAAGCUUGGUCAAGGCCAAGUGAUUAAAGGAUGGGAUAUUGGUAUCAAGACCAUGAAGAAAGGUGAAAAUUCGAUUUUCACCAUCCCUGCUGAGCUUGCCUAUGGAGAAUCCGGCUCGCCUCCAACUAUCCCUCCGAAUGCCACACUCAAAUUUGAUGUUGAGCUGCUCUCCUGGACUAGCGUGAAAGACAUUUGCAAGGAUGGUGGUAUCUUCAAAAAAAUCCUAAAGGAAGGAGAGAAAUGGGAGAAUCCAAAAGAUGCCGAUGAAGUAUUUGUAAAAUAUGAAGCGAAACUUGAAGAUGGAACUGUGGUGUCAAAAUCCGUUGAGGGAGUUGAAUUUGCCGUUAAAGACGGUUACUUCUGUCCUGCAUUGUCCAAAUCUGUGAAGACCAUGAAAAAGGGCGAGAAGGUUCUGCUGACUGUUAAGCCUCAAUAUGCUUUUGGAGAGAAAGGAAGGCCUGCUGCUGGUGAAGAGGGUGCAGUUCCUCCUAGUGCAACUCUGCACAUUGAGCUUGAACUGGUUUCAUGGAAGACGGUAACAGAAGUUACUGAUGACAAGAAGGUGCUGAAAAAGAUUCUCAUGGAAGGUGAAGGUUAUGAACGUCCAAAUGAAGGAGCAGUAGUCAAAGUCAAGCUGACGGGAAAGCUGGCUGAUGGUACUGUGUUUCUGAAGAAAGGACACGAGGAUGAACCGUUUGAGUUCAUGACUGGUGAAGAACAAGUGAUCGAAGGUCUAGACAGAGCUGUCAUGACCAUGAAGAAGGGUGAGGUUGGACUUGUAACAAUUUCUCCUGAAUAUGCGUUUGGUUCUGAAUCAAAGGAGGAGCUAGCAACUGUGCCUGCCAAUUCCACUGUAUAUUAUGAAGUGGAGCUCGUGUCCUUUGUCAAGGAAAAAGAGUCGUGGGAUAUGAACACACAAGAAAAAAUUGAAGCUGCUGGACAGAAGAAAGAAGAGGGCAAUGCAUUGUUUAAGCAGGGCAAAUACCUGAGGGCAUCCAAGAAAUACGAAAAGGCGCACAAAUAUAUUGAGUAUGAUACUUCAUUCAGCGAGGAAGAGAAGAAGCAAUCCAAGGUCCUGAAAAUAUCGUGCAAUCUCAAUAAUGCAGCAUGCAAGCUCAAGUUGAAAGAUUAUAAGCAAGCUGAGAAACUAUGCACCAAGGUCUUGGAGCUUGAGAGCACGAAUGUAAAGGCUUUGUAUCGGAGGGCUCAAGCUUACAUAAAUUUGGCAGAUCUUGACCUGGCCGAAAUUGACAUCAAGAAAGCUCUGGAGAUAGAUCCUGAUAAUAGGGAUGUGAAGCUGGAAUAUAGAACCCUCAAGGAAAAGAUGAGGGAAUACAACAAGAAAGAAGCCAAGUUUUACGGCAACAUGUUCGCAAGGAUGAGCAAACUUCAGGAAACUGAGGCGAAGAAAUCUGGAAAGGAACAGACAGAACCCAUGAGUGUUGACACGCCUUCAGCAUAACCAAAUUGGAGGUGACCAAGUCUGCUCGCUGUGGAGGUUGAUCUGUUUCCAGUUCUAGCGUGUUCCAGUUUUCUGUCCUGAGUCCUAUUUUGGGAAUUGGCGUGUGACCAUUAUGUGUUUGGGAUAGUGGUCAUGUAAAAGUUCAGCCGAAAAUAAUCUCAGAUGAUCCGUUACGUGAAAUGGUUUCAAUUCCAAGUCUGCUUAGUCCGUGACAUGAUGCUAAAUGAUGGCUCCUUUCAGCGUUAUAGAUUGACAUAUUGCGCUAGUUAUUUUCUUUGUA